AUGAUCCUUGUCGAUGCCAUGCAAAAGCAUGACGUCCUACUGGAAACUCUUUUUGCGUGUCUACUUUUGAUAGUAUGUGAAGUCCUUCGGGGCAGUGAUGUUGCUGCUCAGUAUCACCUAGAUGGCGCUAUUCGCUUGAUUUGCAUGCCGUCAGUUGCGAAAUCUCAGCUUUUCUUGGCAAACAACAAUAGUAACAGCAACCGGAGUGCACUGUCUCCUUUCGGAUUGUUAAAGGAGGUUUCGUUGAUUUUUCAGCAACUCGACCUUCAGGCAGCGGCGUUUUCGGGACCGAGAGUUCCCAUCAACCCGGAAGAUAUUGGUUCUAUUACCCAGUAUACCAAAAUUAACCAUCAGGGCGCUCAGAUAGCUGGCAAAGAUGUCAAGAGCAAAAGCACCAUCAAAGAGCUACGCCAAAGUCUGCAAUCAAUACAAGCCAAGAUCUCUCGGUUUGUCGACUCCAAAAAAGUCAGAGAAUGCAAGUAUCGUCCAAGGUUGAAACAGCCCCAAAAACAAAAGGAUGAACUCAAUGCAGCUCAAGCAAUGCAAGAAAAUCUUCACGAGCAACUUGAGCACUGGAAAACGAAUCUCGAUACCAUUUCUCCGAGCCCGAAAGAAGGCUUGAAUUCCAUCAAGCAAUGCGCAACGAUCGUGAUGCUAUUGUCAUAUUUGACAUCUUACGUGCUACUAUCUACAUCAUUGAGCCCAGACGAAACAGCGUACGAUUCACAUUCUGCCACAUUUGCGCGAAUCAUUGAGCUAUCAGAAAUUUUCUCGCAACAACAUCUUGCGCAAGACACUCCUCUCUUCUUCACGUUCUUCCGUAUUGAUAUGAAAGUCGUAUAUCCUCUAUACAUCACCGCUUUGAAAUGCCGAGACCGUACGAUGAGGUAUCGCGCCGUUCGUCUUUUGUCCAUGUGCGGUAGAGAAGGGGUCUGGGAUGGUCGAAUGAUGGCGUCAAUUGCACGGUCUGUCAUUACAUGUGAAGAAGAAUUUGCGGCCAAAUUAGCAUCUACGUCCGAGACAGAUGAUAUGGCGAUAGAUUCAAUUCCAGAAAGAGCUCGCAUUCAUGGAGUCGGUAUCGUGGAAAUGGAUAGGGAAAGGGGGGACGUGAAGUUGAUCUGUUCUAAGAAGACGGGGAUGAUGGCGGUGGAUAAUCAGAUUGGUUGGGAAAAAGUUCGGCUCCAUUCAAAAUUCUAA